GAAAAAAGGCUUUUUUUCUUUAUAUUCCUGUAAGUUGAUCUAAUAAGCUGAUUUCCUGUGUUGCUGCACUCUUUAAGACACCUCUGGAGUUGUGUUCAUAUGUGUGUUUUUAUGCAAAUGUGCCUCCUUGCUUUGAGUGUGAUCACUGUGCUUGAAUGACAUUGCCCACAUUACGCAUCACACUUUCUUUUAUAUUGUUAAACUUAAAGUCAGAAAUGUCUCAUGCAAGACCUGCUCACGCGUGUGCCAUGCACUCCAACUCUGCGUUUGUGUUUAUCGGCAUUUAGCACUAAUGUUUCCAGCGCUGAGCUAAAAGCUACAGUUUCUCCUCAACUCCCUGCCUCUCAAUUGGUGGAGAGGUGGUCAGCUGACGUUGUCAUAUUGUCUCUCACCGAGCCAAGCCUCGGCUAUAACACUCGGGUUUGUGCGUCUUAACCGGAGAUUGGAAAUUAAUAAUAUUGAAUCCUCCUAAAGUAGUCCAGUUUAGAGAAGGCAGAAAAGUCGAGAGGGUGGAAAAAAAAGAAGACCUUUGGAGAGAGAAAGGUGUGGUUGGUUGACACAGACGAGGAAGGAGAUUUACUGAGGAAGGAGAUUGAAGAGAGAGAUCCGAUAAAGAAGUGGAGGAGAGUUUGGAGAGAAGGGUUUUUUUACAAGGCAAGGUAUGAAUUCUUAUUUCGCAAACCCGUCGCUCUCCUGCCAUUUAUCCGGUGGUCAAGAUGUUUUGCCAAACGUGCCCCUAAACUCCACCACCUAUGACACAGUGAGACAUUUCUCGUCGUACGGUGCAGCUGUGACCCAGAAUCGGAUAUAUGCACCUUUCUACUCUCCUCAAGAUAAUGUGGUGUUUGGGUCUGGCAGGGCACAGUACGAGUAUGGAUCAAACGUGUUUCUUCAAGACAAGGACGUGCUGCCGAGCUGCAGACAAACAAACAUGGGACUCAAUUCACAAAGCCACAUUGCUCAAGAGUACAGUUUGGAUCAAGGGAGAGGAGCAGGAGGAGCGCAGGACCAGAAAGCCAACAUCCCGAUCUACCCGUGGAUGCAGCGAAUGAACUCACACAGCGCAGGAGUGGGCUACGGGACGGAUAGACGCAGAGGACGUCAGAUAUACUCUCGUUACCAAACACUUGAGCUGGAGAAGGAGUUUCAUUUCAACCGCUACCUGACCAGACGCAGACGCAUCGAAAUCGCCAACGCGCUUUGUUUGACGGAGCGUCAGAUCAAAAUCUGGUUCCAGAACCGACGCAUGAAGUGGAAGAAGGAGAGCAACCUGACCUCCACGGUGACUGGAAGUGAACAGACAGGAGCCUCUCCGGAGGAGGAAAGCAGUAGUAGUGGCGCAAUUGAAGAAGAGAAGGAUGAGGACAAGAAGAAAGAAUAGUUAAAGAGGAGGGAGAAGAAAAAAAAAACACCUGAUGACCAUUAAAAACCCAACAUAACUACCUAAAAAAAUAUGGACUUGAGAGCGACUUCACUGCAUGAUGGCUAGCUCUCCCACCUUAUAUCCCAUGUUGACCACAGGAGUGUUGAGCCUUAGAAAUCCAGAUUAUUUCAGCCACAGUAUGGCCCUUCUGUGACAUUUUUUUUUAUAUAUAUAUUAUUAUUAUUAUUAUUGCAAUGACACACUUGUAUUGUGAAAAUAAAAAAGAAGUAUUAAUUUCUACGUUAUUUCUCAUGCCAGUAAAAAAAUCUAUGUAUUUAUCCCCCCUACACCUCCAUCCAUCCAUCACUGUGAAACUCUUUGAUCACCUCACCAAAAUACAGUGUUGGUCAGAAUUAACUCAGUGUUGUACAUGCACAUUCCACGGAAGGAAAAGGAAAAAGGACCGGACGGACACUUUAUUUCAUCACAGUAUAACUUGAAUAAUCCGCAGAAAAAAGUGUCCUGCAUAAACAUGAAAGUUGCACGGAUAUAGUCCACACAUGCACACACACACACACACACACAAAACUGAAAAUGCCUGUAUAUAAUCAAAGUAACUAAUCCUGUGAGGACUUAUGUGCAUUUAGCCGCUUUGAUAGACGCUGCAUAACAUAAAAAUUGCGCUUAGCCCCUUUUUUUGUUUUGUUUUUGAACAUCAUUUGACACAAUAGGCUUUCCUUGUGAGAUAGAUUUGUACACUAGUAAUUCUUCACUUUUGUUUGGGAGUUACAAAAUUCAUGUUUUUGUCAUAAUUGUGUAUCAUGGAAUAAAAAUAUUUGUAAAAAGUU